AAUGAGAAGGUUGAUUCCAGAAAGCGGAGGAGCAGGCAUUGUAUAAAAGUCAUCGCCACACAGAAACACGGACCUUCCUCCAUUGUUUCUUCUUCAUCAUCUUCUUCUUGGUUACCAGCGCUCAGAGAAACCGAAGCCAGAGGAGGAUCUCUUUUUCUCUUCCUCUGUAUCUAUCUCUAUCGGUUUUCCUCGCUUUAUCUUGUUCAGAUGGCUUCGAAGCGGAUCUUGAAGGAACUCAAGGAUUUGCAGAAGGAUCCUCCUACAUCUUGCAGUGCCGGUCCUGUUGCCGAAGACAUGUUUCACUGGCAAGCAACAAUCAUGGGUCCUCCAGACAGCCCUUAUGCUGGGGGUGUUUUCCUGGUUACCAUUCAUUUCCCUCCAGAUUAUCCCUUUAAACCACCAAAGGUGGCAUUCAGAACAAAGGUAUUCCACCCAAAUAUAAACAGCAAUGGAAGCAUUUGCCUUGACAUCUUAAAGGAGCAGUGGAGUCCUGCUUUAACCAUUUCUAAGGUUUUGCUUUCGAUCUGCUCUCUGUUGACGGAUCCAAAUCCAGAUGAUCCUUUGGUGCCGAGAUUGCUCACAUGUAUAAGACAGACAGGAACAAGUAUGAGACCUGCUCGGAGUUGGACCCAAAAGUAUGCCAUGGGCUAACUGAGCUUUGUGGUAUGUGCGACAAGGGAAAGGACCUUUCCUUCUGGUUUUCUUCUUUUCGAUUUUUUUUUUUUUUUUAAUAAAUAUUUUGGUCUGUUAACCUAUGUAUGAAUAUUCUGUCUCUUGAAUCCAGAAAUGGACUAAAGAAAGAAGUCCACAACAUGUCCUCAGUUACAAGUGAAAGAAACAGAUGUUGCUUUCUAAUUAUUUGUACGGAUAAUAUGAUUUAGAAACAAUGAAUUGUCCCCAGUUUGAUUCA